AUGAAUGUUGGUCAUCGUCUUAAAUUUUAGAUAUCAGUCAAUGAGGAUGAAAUAAAUUCAGAAAUUAUUACACUUAAUCAAUUUGAUGCUGCACUUAAAUUUGAGGAUAGAUAUAAAUUGGAUUAGCUAGGGUGCUCAUACAGUAGUGAAAGUUGCUAGAAAGAAAGAUACAGAAGUGAAGUAAGCAAGAGAUAUCUUAUUAAACACUUUCUGAUGUAUUAAGCAUUAAGCAUUACAUAUUGA